CAAGUUUCUGACUUCAGCUGCAGCAAGGGGAAACAAUGCCAUUAAAGAGGGAAAUGGGAGGAGAGUGGUCACAUGGGGGAGUAAGGUAAAGUCCUUAGGUCAAGGACUAUGAGAUGGCCCAGGAUUUUGAAAGAAGUCAGAAAGUAGAUACUACAUGAAUCGGAAGAAAUAGAAGCUCAGCACCAUGGGCAAUCAUCUCCCAUUUACGACUUUCUCCAUUCUGGUGUAUCUCUCCCAGCUUCCUUGGAUGACAUGUGAAGAGAACUGUGUGAAUUCUGAGCACUGUCUGACCACUGACUGGGUCCAUCUCUGGUACAUCUGGCUCCUGGUGGUGAUUGGUGGGCUAUUCCUUUUGUGUGGACUGACCUCAGUCUGUCUCCGCUGUUGCCUCAGUCGACAGCAGACAGGAGAAGAGGUGGGCCCCCCACCAUAUGAAGUGACGGUCAUUGCUUUUGACCAUGACAGCACCCUUCAAAGCACCAUUACUUCUCUUCAAUCAGUCUUUGGACCAGCAGCCCGCAGGAUUUUUGCAGUAGCUCACUCUCACAACCCUGUGCAGAUACCUUCUUUGUCCUCAACCCUGGAGACGCCCCCAGGCUAUGAGGAAGCUCUGCACAUGAGCCGCUUCACAGUGUCCAGAUGUGGGCAGAAAGCUCCUGAUCUGGCUCCAGUACCUGAAGAGAAGCAACUGCCGCAUGGGGAGAAGGACGUUCCCCAACAACAUGUGGAGGACACCUCCAAUUAACAGUCUUACUUGGAGUCCCUAAGAUAGCUAUUCUGGGUUCAAGGUAGUCUGUGAGUCUGUAGCCACUCAAAACUCUAACUUUUGAGCCUCUUUCAAUAUGUUUACUUCUUUCUCUAGUCAGCCAGAGGACACAAUUUGUUCAAAACAAAGGCAUUUAAUGAAAUAAUGUAGUCAUAAAAAUCAAAAUAGAACAUUCCUUCCCAUAAAUCUGGAGAAUAUUCUCCCACAAAGAUACACAUUGGUGUGGUGGUGGGAAAUGGGCAUAAGAGGGGCACGCACUUAGAGAAUGUGUUUCUAAGAACCACAUGUGAACGACCAAAUCACCUUCAGAGCUUCAGGAUCACAAGUGUCUUCUGAUGAAGUCAUCCUGUUUUUCUCAUUGCUCUUGUUCCUUGAUUGCUCCUCCCUGUAUUGAAUCUCCACUGGGCGUAUUUUUCUGCUAGUUCCUGAUAGUUUUGCAAAGACCUAUGCACAUGUAGUCCCAUAUGGGGACUGCUUUUCUGCUAUCCAUUGAUCUAAUGUUAACUUCUGGGUAUAAUAAUCUCUGCAGGACAUUCUCCCUGCUCCCAGUUUCUAGAUUUCUUUUCUUUUAAGUUACUUGAUGUCCAUCUCUACUCUUACUCAUGAUAUAGUGGCUUGAAUCUCCCCCUACUAAGAGCAUAGCGAAUGAGCUUUAGUCAAAGCCAUCACAUUCUACUAGCAAAA